GUACAGCAAUAGUUUGUAAUUUCAUAAAUUUGUCACAUAAAUAUUUCCACUUAUUUUAUAAUAUAUAAAAUAUGGCGUUUAUAAUUCCCGACAAAAUAUUAGAGACGUUAAUUUGUACUUGUUGCCAUAAAUACUUAUCGGUAAAACCCAUAACAGUUUAUCCAAAUAGAGAUGUAGAAUGUGGAAGAUGUGCAGUGACUAAUAAACAAAAACAAAGAGUAGGUGUUGAAUCGCUAUAUGGGAAAAUUAUUGAAAAAUGUUUAUUUAAAUGUAUUAACAGAUUUGAUGGUUGUCGAGAAUUGUUAACAUAUUCUCAAGUUCUGGAUCAUGAAAAGGUAUGCUUGGAAAAAAUUCACCAGUGUCCAAUUUGUUAUAAAGAAAUGACGAGUUUUCUGAUGGUUCGACACUUGCAUUCCAACCAUAAGGAUGCAAUAUUGCGUUGUCCUGGGUUUGUUUUUAACUUGAAGCAUUAUUUAAAAAGACCUAGUACUUAUAUAUAUCAAGAUGAAGAUAAUUUAUUUUUUCUAUAUAUUAGUUAUAGCAAAUCAGAAAAUACAAUAAAACUAGAAUUGGUUUAUAUGGGAAGAGAUAAACUAGCUUCAAAUAUAUAUCACCAGUUUACCGUAACUGACGAAAACAAAGAAUUUAACUUUAAAUCAAAACCUUCACGGGCUAAUGAGUUUUCCAUUGUGGAUGCAUCAGAUACAUCAAAGUUAAUAUAUGUUGAAUUUAAGUUAAUUUAUCAAAAUUUACAAUUUUUCACUAUAUCGGAAAAUCUUCAUUCGUCAAGCAUUAAGAAUUCUUUAGAAACCUCGAACCAAAAUCUAGAGGUUCUGCCUAUACCUGAAAAUGCGAAUUCAUCCUCGUCCAGCAUUAAUAAUUCUUUAGAAAAACCGAGACCCAAUCAAGGAAAAAUCCAGUUUAUUUAUAAAAGCCCAUUGGAUUAUACAACCGAAGUCGUUGAAUUUCACUCAGAAUAUAAUCCACAAUGUUUUAACUGUCAAGAAAGUUGUAUCUUUUCCUUUUUUGACUCAUAUGAACCAGAAUAUUAUUACAGUCCUACACAUAAUGAUUUUCUUUGUUUUUGUUGUUUCGAGUGGUUAACCCAUGAAAAUAAAAUUAAAGAAAAUCGUUUAUAUUUUAAACAAUCGAUUCCGUCAACUCUUCGGACACGUUUUUGCAAAUGGAAAUGUGGUAAAGAUUUCAAGUUUUCAGAAAUAGUAUCUCAUGAAAUAUACUGCAACAAGAGAAUUUACUAUUAUAAAUGUCCUUAUCCAAAUUGUAGAAUCAAAAAUAAUUCUGCUCUAUCACUAAAGAAUCAUUUAAAAGCCCGCCACGAUGACGAUGUUGAAGUAUCUCCUUCUUUUUUUAAAUUAUUGAAGCCGCCGUUUUCGUUUUACGUGUUCUUAGAAGAUCAGCUUAUAGGUUUUGAUCUAACAACUUCAGACAAGUACGACAUACAAUGUAAAAUAAAUAUAUACAAUGAUACCAUACAAUCAAAUCGGAAACCACAUGCGCUUUUUUUCUAUAAUAACAAAUUUACACCACUAGCAAAUCUUCCUCUUUCAACUUCACCCGAAAACUGUGCAGCAAAAAUUGUUUUAACGAAAAAUGAAUAGCAAAAUAUUCAUCGUGUGUGCGUAUAUCACAUUAUACAGGGUGUAACAAAAAUGCAGAUCACAAAUUAAAUCGCAUAUUCUAGGACCAAAAAUAGAUCUAUUGAACCUAAUUUACCUUAGUGCAAAUGUGCACAUAAGAAGGUUACAGCCCUUUGAAGUUACAAAAUGAAAAUCGACUUUUUCCAUAUAUCAAAAACUCUUAGAGGUAUUUUAUUGAAAAUAUACAUGUGGUAUUCUUAUGACAGCAAGAUCUUAAAAAAAUAACAGUGAAAUUGGUACAACCCAUAAUAAUUUUAUGGGGUUUUGUUCCUUUAACCCCCCCCCCCACCCCCCAAACUUUUGUGUAUGUUCCAGUUAAAUUAUUGUUCUGGUACCAUUAGAUAAACACAAUAUUUUUAUUAAAAUUUUUUGCCUCUUAUUAUUUUUUCGAUAAGUCAGAUUUUAUCGAGAUGUGGCUUCUUUUUUAUUUUUAAAUAUGUUUACAUAGAAAUUAUAUAGGGGUUUUGUUCCUUUAAACCUCUCAAAAAUGUUUGUGUACGUUCCAAUUAAACUACUACUGCGGCACCAUUAGUUAAACACAUUGUUUUUAACACUUUUUUGCCUCUUAGUAUUUUUUCGAUAAAGCACUUUUUACCGAGAUGCGGCCUCUUUUUAAAUACGAUUCAAAAUAAACCUAAAAAUGUAAAUUAUAAAUAAAAUUUACUCUAUCUCAUAUUAUGUAUAAGUUUUUAGUUUGUGACAACUGUCAUUAUAGAUAGCAAUGUGCGUGAAGGGUUUAAAGUGUGCGUGAAGUAACAAUGUAUUUUAAAUGGGAUUUAAAUUUUCGCGUUGUUUUUUGGUACACUUUCAUAUAAUCAAAUAUCCUUAAUUUUACGUUGUCCUGGUGAUGACAUGUGAGUAAUAAAUUACAACAAAAGUUUUUUACAGUUUUGUUUUUUGAAAAAAGUUUAAAUUUUUAAAUGUCAAAGUUCUAAAAAGUGUAGAAUAGAAAUGUAUUCCAGUGACGAAGAGUAACAGUUUUUUUAUUUGUUUAUCGUAGAUAAAAUAUUGUAUGAAACUGUGCGUUAAGUCCUUUUUGCUCACUUACGCGAUGUAUAGCACUCGCCCCGCUCUUGCUCUAAUAGUAUGAUAGAAUUGGUUCAAAAAAUGACAUAACCCAGAUAUCCAAAGUGAAAGUUAUCCUCCAACACCAAAUUGUUCUAUAUGGUCCAUAUAAUGUUCAGAAAAAAGUCACACCUUUUUGAGUGUCGGGUUUGGGGGGAGAGGGGGGAGAAGUCGGUAAAUUCGUAGAUUUUUAAGUUUUUCGUCAAUAUUUCUAAAACUGUGACGUUUAGCAUGAACAACUUUCUAUACAAAAAUGUUCUACAUUAAAUUUGAAAUAAAAAAGGCCCUAUAAUCCUAAUCCUUCUAAAAUGACCGGUUCCAAAGCUACGGAGGUAGUAUAUUAUAAUUGGUCCAAAAAAGGGCUAACCCAGACAUUAAAAGUAAAAGUUUUCCUCCAACACCAAAUUGUUCUAUAUAGUCCAUAUAAUGUUCAGAAAAAAGUCACACCUUUUUGAGCGUCGGGUUUGGGGCGGGGGGGAGAGGGGGGGGAGAGAGGGGAGAAAUCGGUAAAUUAGUAGUUUUUUAAGUUUUUCGUCAAUAUUUCUAAAAAUAUGCUUUAGCGUAAACAACGCUAAAGCUAAAAAUGCUUUAGUAUAAUUGGUCCAAAAAAAGGCCUAACCCAGACAUCCAAAGUAAAAGUUUUCCUCCAACACCAAAUUGAUCUAUAUGGUCCACAUAUUGUUCAGUAAAAAUUUACAACAUUUUGAGCGUCCUGUUUGGGGGUUGGGGGAGAUGGGGGAGAAGUCGGUAAAUUAGUAGUUAUUUUAUGUUUUUCGUCAAUAUUUCUAAAACUAUGUUUAAGCGUAAACAAUGUUCUAUACAAAAACAUUCUGCAUAAAAUUUAAAACAAAAAUGGUCCUAUCCAUAAUUGUUAUAAAAUUAACGGUUGCAGAAUUACGGAGGGUGAAAUAUGAAAGUUUUCGAUACUUUUUAUAUUUUUUGGGCGAUUGAUGAUGAUUUUGGGUGGUGAGGUUAACGUUUCUUCAAGGGCUUAUCACUAACAUACCAUCGGCCACUGAAAUAGCAAAUCCUGUUAAAGAAAAUUUCUUUCAAUCAGUAAAAAUAUUAUAAAUUGCCCAAAAAAUAUAAAAAGUAUUGCCAACCUCCACUUUUCACCUUCCGUAACUCUGGAAUCGUUGAUUUUAUAACAAUUAUGUAUAUGAUUUUUUUUGUUUUAAAUUUGAUGUAGAACAUUUUUGUAUAGAAUAUUGUUUACGUUAAAGCAUAUUUUUAGAAAUAUUGACGAAAAACUUAAAAAAACUACUAAUUUACCGAUUUCUCCCCCCCCCCCCCCCCAAACCCGACGCUCAAAAAGGUGUGACUUUUUUCUGAACAUUAUAUGGACUAUAUAGAACAAUUUGGUGUUGGAGGAAAACUUUUACUUUUAAUGUCUGGGUUAGCCCUUUUUUGGACCAAUUAUAAUAUUCUACCUCCGUAACUUUGGAAUCGUUCAUUUUAGAAGCAUUAUGCAUAGGGCCUUUUUUGUUUCAAUUAUAAUGAAGAACAUUGUUGUAUAGAAGGUUGUUCAUGCUAAACCGCAUGGUUUUAGAAAUAUUGACAAAAAACUUAAAAAACUACGAAUUUACCGAUUUCUCCCCCCUCUCCCCCCCCCCAAACCCGACGCUCAAAAGGGUGUGACUUUUUUCUGAACAUUAUGUGGACCCUAUAGAACAAUUUGGUGUUGGAGGAUAACUUUCACUUUGGUGUCUGGGUUUGGAUCUAGUUAUACCAUACUAUAAACAUCGUGUGCGUGCGCAAAAAGCAUACUACACGAGCUGUUUCAUAAACAACUACAUAUUUCAUAUUAUUACUAUUUCUCUAUAGGGUACUUAACCAUAUACAUAGAAAUAUGUGGUUGAUUUGAAAAAUAUUCAUAAUAUCUCGAUAAAAACUGGCUUUUAGAAAAAGUUCUAAGAGGCAAAAAAGUUUUAUAAUCAUUGCGUUUAACAAAUGGUGCCACAAUAUUAAUUCAAUUAGAAUACACACAAAAGUUAGAGGGUUUAAAGGGACAAAACCUCCAUAAUAUUUUUAUGGGGUGCACUAUUUCACUAAAUUUUUUUUAAGUUGUUCCUGCCAUUAGAAUGCCACAUGUCCUGUAACUUUUUUAUGUACACAUUUGUACUAAGGUAAGUUAGGUACAAUCGAACUAUUUUUAGUUCCAGAAUAUUUGAUUUAAUUUAUGACCUAUAUUUUUGUUACACCCUGUAUAUAGUAGCUAAUACACCGACGUGGGUGUAGCACUGCCGUUACAGGGUCUCUAGAUUCAGGUUUUCGGGGUGGAUCAGUCCUCCAUUUCUGUCUCUUACUGUUCUUCUGCAUUUCUAAUUCUCAUGUCUUCUAGGUCCCGGUUCACAUCUUCCAGCCACUUAGACCACGGUGUUCCUCUUCUACUUCCAGCCGGAUUCCACUUUGUUACUAUGUUUAUUAUCGCUUCUUCCACUGCUCUCUGUUCAUGUCCAAGCUAUCUCAAUCUUUGUCUUUUUAUUCUGACUUAUAUCCAGCUUGCCCCUUUAAUUCCUCAUUUAUUUGGUUAUUUCCUCUACUCUUGUAUUCACUAUGUAGUAAAAUGUUUAUUCUUCAAGCAUUAAGAAUCCUUUAGAAAACUCGAACCAAGAUCUAGAAUCUAGAGGUUCUGACUACACCUGAAAUUUUGAAUGCAUCCUCGUUCAGCAUUAGUAAUUUUUUAGAAAAACCGAGGCGGGAUCAAGGCAAAAGUCAGUUUAAUUAUAAAAGCCCUUUGGAUUAUACAACCGAAGUCGUUAUAUUUCACUCAGUGUAUAAUCCACAAUAUUUCAACUGUAAAUGGAGUUGUUUCUUUUCAUUUUCUGACUCAUAUGUACCAGAAUAUUACUACAGUCCUACACAUUGUAUUUCCCUACACAACGGUUCACCUUCUAGUUUUAUGAGUUCGCUGUUUAUGUUAUCUUUUUCGGGUGAUCUCCCAUUUUUUUAUUUUCAAUUAUUUCGAUUACUUCUUCGAGUGUUGGCUCAUUCGUUCUAUUAUUUUCCCAUUCUUCCUCCAUUUCUGUUACCUCUUCUGUUUGAUUUUCUGCCAGCAACUCCUUGAAGUGUAUCACAUUAUCACUAAAAUUUCUCAAAAUAGUCCUGUCACUUUUACUGAAGUAUCAUUGAAUAAUUUUGAACCUUACUAUUUUAUAAUUAUUGCGAACUGUUAAAUAAAAUUAAACUAUUAAUUAUAUGCUGGGGUUUGUAACCCGCACAAAUUUUAAAGUGAUACGAGGACCCUAAUGGUCCAUUAGGGGACUCACUGCAGUUUUUGCUUAAGGCAAAAAUCACGACGGAGCGCGCGUUUGAGUUAAUUUAUUAAAUUUUUUUAACUAAUUGAUGGAAUUAUGUUUUAUAAAUUGGAAAUGAAAGAAGAAUAUUAAAGCUCUCUUAUAGUUGUAAUAAAAAAAAGUAUAAGCAUAAGUACGGUGUGAGCGGAAUAUGAGACCCUCAUGAAUUUUGUUUAAAAAUGAUUUAAAAAUGCGUAACUAAUACAAUAUAAAACUAUAUUUGCACAACUUUCUUUUCAAACAUAUUAAUAAACGAUAUUUUGUUCAAAAAAAUGAUACGACGUCUCAAAAAAUGUAAUUUUUACCACUAUGUAUUUUUAAAGAAUUACUACCAUUUUAAGAGGAUAUUAUAUAAGUUAAAGGGAUUUAUGUAUUACAAUUUUUUAGGUGGUUUUUAAAGCUCAAGAUGUAUUAUUUAAAAUGGACUAAAAUGUUUAUUCAAAGUCAUUAAAACUUUUUUCUGUACAAAUUACCUAAAAUGCAUUUAAAAAUAAGCUUAAACAAUAAUAGAUGUUCAAAAAUUCUUUUUGAGCUCUUAUACAGUGUGUCUGUGUAACUUGGAACCUAUCGAAAACUUCUUUAUGAUCAAUUUCACGAAAAAAAGGUUAAUUUUCAAAAAAUGAAGAUAUAGAAUCUAAGAUGAAUCUAAGACUGUCAAAUGUCAAAUGUUAUUCAUUUUAUACGAGCCAUGUUAAAAAAUAUAAACUUCGCUCAAGAGUAAAGUACCUUUAUUUCACAAUAUCGAAAAUUUUUAUUAAGGAAAGUUGUUUGGAAUUAAAAAUUAUAUUCCAGUAUUCAAUUGUUCAUCAGAAGUGGACGAAUUAAUUAUCAUUUACUUCCUGUAUAAAUCAAUCGAAUUUUUUAUAUUUCAGUCUAUUACAAAUUACCGUAAUAAUAUUUAUUGAAUAAUUCUAGUAAAUUUUAUAUAAGCACACUCUUUGAAUCUUCUGCGAAGAGUUGAGUACGAAAGCAAUAGAGUUGGUCUGAAAAUCAAUAAAGCAAAGACAAAAAUAAUGGUGGUCGACAGAUCUGACACUAUUCAACUGACUAAUAUAUUACAGGAAUACCAGAUAGUAAACACCUUUGUCUAUCUCGGGUCUAGUAUAACUAACGAUGGUAACUGUGAAGCAGAAGUUCGGAGACGUAUUGGUGUGGCAAAAAAUGCGAUGAGUCGCCUAACUAAAGUUUGGAAAGACAGAUCUAUCUCUCAAAAUAUCAAGAUGAGACUGGUGAAUGCCCUUGUAUUCUCAAUAUUUCUAUACGGAGCAGAGACUUGGACUCUUCGCGCAUGCGAGCGCCAAAAAAUUGAUGCCUUUGAGAUGUGGUAGUGGAGAAGAAUGCUGCGCAUAGCUUGGACAGCUCAUAGGACAAACGUUUCCAUUCUAAACCAACUCAAUAUUAAAAAAGGCUGUCCACAAUAUGUCUGCAACGAAUUCUGCAAUUCUUUGGUCACGUGGUUCGCAGAGGUGACGACAGUUUGGAGAGAUUAAUUGUUUCUGGAAACGUUCCGGGGAGAAGAUCAAGAGGACGAUCACCAACUAGAUGAUCUGACCAAAUAAAGCAUUCAGCUGGAAGCUCAUUCCGCGAAGCUCUUAGAGCAGCUGAAGGUAGAGACCAAUGGAGAAACAUUGUUAGGAAUAUUGGAAGAAAUCACGAUCCUCAGUAAUGGGGAAACGACAGGAGAGAGAGAGACAUUAUUUGAUUAUUAAAUACACCCACUUAGGUUUAAAAACAAUUCCUUUUAUAACUAAAAUGUGACAAUUUUUAGAUUAAAUCCUAUUAUUAGAUUUAUAUUAUAACUGUGUAAUAAUUUAUUUUUUCUGCCAUCACUUGCUAAAGAAGAUUUUUCGCUUGUCAAUGGCAACGAAAAGUUGACGUUUAUUGAGUGCCGUCACUUUAUCGUUCUAGCGCGUAAAGUUUCAUUUUAUUAAGUGAUUGUAGAAAAAAUGUUCUAUGUAUUACAAGCGCAAAGUGACAUUAUUGCUUUCCAAUGCAAUUACGAACUCUUAUUCUCAAGCAAUAAUGUAUCACUUUUCGCUUUUAAUACAUAAGUAACUAUUAUGUCAUACCGGUUUAAUAUUGUGCGUUUAUUAAUUAGUUACGAACCACAUAAUGGUUAUAUGUUAUAUGUCUCCAAAGUAUGCCAGUAGUACGGUCUCAUUUACGCAUUCAGUAUUAUUUUCUGCCAUCCACUGUUGAAAUUUUGCAUAUUCCUUAUCGUACUUUUCUUUAAAUUUUUUCGGUGACAGAUUCUCAGUCACUUUUUUUGGCCUAUUUAUUCAGAAAUAGGUAUCGAAUUUCUCUUGCAUUCUGACUUUUUUGACAAUGUCACAUAGAAAAACUUUGUUUAUGUUAAUAAUAAAUUGCUAAUCAACAUCACUUUCCUAGCAACGGUACUAAAUACCUGCUGCGAUACAAUAUUACUUCUAAUUAAUAUAAAAUAAAAUUAAAACUUUAAUUGAUGCAAUGAACAGGUAUGACAUAAAAUUUUUGUAUGCAAAUGGGGUUGACGAGUCGUUUUGAAUUUUUAUAUUUAAAUAUGAUAUACCAAAAAUUUAAAUAUAAAUUUAAUUAAUAUAUCCUAUAACGAUGCAUCUAAUAACGUGCAUUAUUAGAUGUUUAUACCCUCGGGAGACAUAUAAACUCUCGGGCCAGAGGCCCUCGAGUUUAUAAUCUUGUUGCCCCUAGGGUAUAAACAUCGAUUUAAAACCCCUGAUACAUAAAUAACUAAUAAGUUUAGUAUCUACAAGUUGUGUUUAUUUCUACUUUUUAUGACCAGUUUGACAUAUAUGAUGUACUAGUAAAUUCUUUAAAGUUGUUUAUUUGAUAUUAUGUAUAUACUCGUUUUUUUCCGGAGAAUUAUUUUGUAUUCGAGAAGUAUUUAUGUUAGUAUUUAAGGAAACGAAAAUAAAUGUUUGGGGCAGUCUAAUAAAGCCGCGGUUAUGUUGUAAUGUAUGUUUUAAAAUUUUUAUAAAGUCAGUUUAGUAAAUAAAAUGAAGAGUACAGUGGAAAAAUAAGGGAUAUCACAUUUUAUAUGUACAUAUUGAGAUAAACACCAAUAAAGGUUUAAUUACCUAACUAGUUUUGAUGGGAAAUAAACCACAAUUUUAAUAAAAAUGAUUUUAUUAACGUUUCGACGUCCAAAUCGGAUCCCGUUGUCAAAAUACAAAAAAGAUUGAUGAAUUGAACAAAAAUAUUAGAUAUGAUUUUUUUGUGACGGAUAUUCUUGAGUUGGGGUUGAUUUCAUGUAAUCGAAUGAACUAUCUUUCAGUAAAGUCGUCCCAGGAACGCAACUCAUAAAUAUUGGCAAUAUCAUUUUAAAGUCUUAUACUUAAAAAUGUAUAAUAUAUUAUGUCUGAAUUGCCGAUAUAAAUGAGUCAGAUAAAAUAAAUUAUUAGAAGAAUUUUUUACUAAGCAACAACAUUUUUGUUUAAUUCAAUAAUAUUUUUUGUGUUUUGACAACGGCAUCCAAUUUGGACGUCGAAACGUUAAUAAAAUCAUUUUUUUUAGUAAAAUUGUGGCUUAUUUCUCAUCAAAACCAGUUAGUUAUAAAAAUGCUACAAGAAAAUAGCUUCAGAACAACACAAAAGUUUAAUUCUUAUGAUAUCUAAAAACUACUUAGGAGAUUCUUCGCACAAUUCCAUCAAUUCUUAUUCUAUAAUCUUAAUAUAAAAUUAAUCUAUAUUAACUUAUUAAUUUAAUAAUGCACCAAAGAACUGCUAAUAUUCCUCAUUUAUGUUCAGUGGCAUGCGGACAAUACUGGAUCUUCGCUUGGAUACAAAUCCUUAAAAAAUUUAUGUAGACUGAUCUUUCUGAUUAUUGUCCUGAAUCGAUAGACUAGUCGAUAGUACUCAGUUUUUGCUACCACAUGGUGAGAAAAGUCAAAAGUCAUGAAAAAGUGAAAUUCCUUGUUUUUCCCCUGUACUCUCCAAAUAAUAUAAA